GACACUUCCUCCCCGCCCCGGGACCGUCGCUUCCACCUGUCAGGGUCCCUCCCCCCACACCCCCCCCUCCCCGGGACCCUGACCCCCUGCCCGGCAGGGGCCCCCAGGGCUCUCGGGGGCGUCCUUCACAUCUCUCAGAGUCCCUGUUCCUCAGGGUAGAAGCCCCUAGGCUGUGUUGGGAGAUGCUGGGUACCACCUAGGAGCCCGAGCCCACCGCAGAGCCCUCUCCUCUCGCCGGAAGCACGUGUGCUGGGUUAGGGACCCGCCUCGGAGACAACCUCUAAACCGUAUCCCCUCGUGGACACCGCUGUCCAGAGACACCUUUUCCCAGGGCAGUCUGCCCUGGCUUCCUGGACUGAUGGACACCCUUCCUACCCCUCACUGCUUCAUCUCUGCCAGAAUCCCAGACCGGAGUCCCCGUCUUUCCUUCUGCCUGCUCCCCUGGGAACCCUGCCCCUGGCCACCAAGCCACCUGAGACCGUCCUGAGCUGACGCCUGCCCCCGGCUUGUGAGGAGAUGAGAGGACUCUGGGGAGUGUGGGGGCCGCGGUGUCUCCGGUGGGCUGACAGCGGCCCUGGCUCAGAGGCGGUCUGUCCCCCACCCCCACCCAGACUUCCGCCUGGCCCUCGGCUGUCCUGCCAUCGCGGUGCUACUCGAGUUCUGUCUUGGUUGGGCCUCCCCUUGUGUUGUAUCUGCAGUUAGGACGGGCACCGUUUAAACCGGCUCUCACGAUCACUGACCCAGGUCCUAGCCACGGCCUCCCCAGGGAUCUGGGCUUUUCGUCAGAGGGCUUAGAGCUGAAGACACCUUCACCUUGGAGCUUUGCGCAGAGCUUGUGUUCGUCCAGUGAGCCUAGCCGAGUCGGCGUCGUGCCUUGCCAGGAGCAGCUGCCCUGCACAGGCGUUGUAGUCUGAGGUGGAACAGGGCCCAGCUCUGCCGCGUCCACUCUGCCCUGCUGCGCAGCGGGCAGGAGCCCUGCCCGUCCCCUGCCACCUUCUUCAGGAGAAGCCUCGGGGUCCUGCCUGCAAGGUGGUCCCCGAGACCCCGGCCCCUGUGGAGGAAGGCGCUGUCUGCCACGGUGAUGGGGGUACCCCUGCUUCUUGGGAUCCGCUAUUUCACCGCAGAGCCUCAGGAGAAGAGAAGGAUGAGGCUUGUGGUGGACGGUGUCGGGCGCUUCAGCAGGUCUCUGAGGGUCGGCCUCCAGAUCUCCCUGGACUACUGGUGGUGUGUAAACGUCGUCCUGCGAGGGGUGGAAGAGAACAGCCCGGGGUACUUGGAGGUGAUGUCUGCAUGUCACCAGCGGGCGGCUGACGCGCUGGUGGCCGGGGCCAUCAGCAACGGGGGCCUCUACGUGAAGCUGGGCCAGGGGCUGUGCUCCUUCAACCACCUGCUGCCCCCGGAGUAUAUCAGGACCCUGCGUGUGCUGGAGGACAGGGCCCUCACCCGUGGCUUCCGGGAGGUGGACGAGCUGUUCCUUGAAGACUUCCAGGCCCUACCCCACAAGCUCUUCCAGGAGUUUGACUACCAGCCGAUCGCUGCUGCGAGCCUGGCCCAGGUGCACCGAGCCAAGCUGCACGACGGCACGGCCGUGGCUGUGAAGGUGCAGUACAUCGAUCUGCGGGACCGCUUUGAUGGCGACAUCCACACUCUGGAGCUCCUGCUCCAGCUCAUCGAGUUCAUGCACCCCAGCUUCGGCUUCAGCUGGGUCCUCCAGGACCUGAAGGGCACCCUGGCCCAGGAGCUGGACUUCGAGAACGAGGGCCGAAACGCUGAGCGCUGUGCACAGGAGCUGCAGCACUUCCGCUAUAUCGUGGUCCCCCGCGUGUACUGGGACACGUCCAGCAAGCGUGUGCUGACAGCUGAAUUCUGUGAAGGCUGCAAGGUCAACGAUGUGGAGGCCAUCAAGACCAUGGGGCUGGCAGUGAAGGACAUAGCAGAGAAGCUCAUUCAGACUUUUGCUGAGCAGAUAUUUUACACAGGCUUCAUCCACUCUGACCCCCACCCUGGCAAUGUUCUGGUGCGGAAAGGCCCAGAUGGGAAGGCACAGCUGGUGCUGCUGGACCAUGGGCUCUACCAGUUUCUGGAUGAGAAGGACCGGGCAGCCCUGUGCCAGCUGUGGCGGGCCAUCAUCCUGAGGGACGAUGCGGCAAUGAAGACACACGCAGCCGCACUUGGGGUGCAAGACUAUAUCCUCUUCUCCGAGAUGCUCAUGCAGCGGCCCGUGCGCCUGGGGCAGCUGUGGCGCUCGCACCUGCUGAGCCGCGAGGAGGCAGCCUACAUGCAGGCCAUGGCGCGAGAGCACUUCGCGGACAUCGUGCGGGUGCUCAAGGCCCUGCCGCGGUCCAUGCUGCUCGUGCUGCGCAACAUCAACACCGUGCGCGCCAUCACCACCACCCUGGGCGCCCCCGUUGACCGCUACUUCCUCAUGGCCAAGAGUGCGGUCAGGGGCUGGAGCCGCCUGGCGGGUGUGGCAUACCAGAGCAUCUACGGUGCCAGCCUCCUGCGCCACAUCAAGGUCAUCUGGGAGACAUUCAAAUUUGAAGUGGCCCUAAGGGUGGAGACCCUAUCGAUGCGGCUCACUGCCCUCCUGGUUCGGCUGUUGUUCCAGCUGGGCCUCCUGCCGGAGACCCAGGAGCUCUCCCAGUACCUGGAGACCUAGGGAGCCCCAGGGACAGCAGACCUCAGAGCUCACCCAGCGUCCAAGCAACAGAUCAGGGUUGAAGGCACACGUGCCCCAAGACCGGGGGCGCCGAGGCAGCGGUGGCCUGGAGCGGGUGUGGGGGACAACACGGGGCUGUGGCCACAGCCCAGCCGGGAGACCCUGUAAUGACCACAAACUCUCUUCAAA